AUGUUAUUAUUUAAACGAACUACUGACAACAGUUUACAAGAAACUGUUUUAUCAAGACGACGACCGGAUUUAUGGACAAGUAUCAAAAGAAUGAAAAGAAAUAAUCAACAUGACGAAUUUGAUGAUGAAAUUGAAAUACUGUCUGAUGACAUGAAAGUGUCUACAUCGACCGAUAAUAAUUCGAAUGAUUUAAUAGACCAGCACAUAGAGUCCAAUAAUGUAACCGAUAUCUAUCCUACAACUUUAGUAUUUAAAGAAACGAUAAUAAAUAAUAGUUCUGACGAAUUGAUAGCAACAAAAGUGAAUGUAGUAGAUAUUGAAAUAUUAACUACGCAACGAUCGUAUACUUCUCCUACUAGUACUGUGAAUCUGGUUCAUAUUUCUGAAAAUAAUACAAACAGUGUCUUACCUGAUAUUUUAAAUAAAUACGAUAUCAACUCUACCAUAUCUGAUACCUAUACAUCAAAUGAGAAUUAUACAAAUGAUUUGGUUACUUCGACUAGUCAGUUGUCUUCGACCAACAAUCUGUUAUUACUAAAUAAUGUAGAAUUCAACAAUGUUGACAAUAUUACAAUAGACCCAUUUUUAAAACUAAUUGUUUAUGAAGAACACCCAAAACAUAUUGCUGAUGUUAACCAAACCAAUGAUGUCACAAAUAAUUCUUUAACAACAAUUAAUAUUAUUCAAUCAGAUGACAACGAUCUGAUUAGUACUGUAUCAUCAAACAUCGAGACUUUGACCAAUGAGAUAUUAUCGCCGAUAAAUGAUGAAAAUACAGCGGAUAAAAAUGCUAAUGAGCUUGGUAAUUAUACAAUUUUAUUUGACGAUGUUACAACAAUGAGUACUGGGUAUAGCAGUGAGGAAACAAAUUCAGCAUCACAUGCAGAACACAUAACAAAAAAAUCAUACAAUAGUUAUGCUACAUCCUCGACAGAAGAAAAUUUAAUGACUACAUUAAUAAUUAUCGAUAGUUCUCAAUCCGAACAAAAUACGACUGGAACCAUAUACAAUUUUACAACUGAAUCAUCCGAUACAACUGGCAAGGAUAUAUUUUCUGUAACGGAUGAUAAUACUGGAAUUAACCAGUGGGAAAAUGUAACAAGUGAAAUAAUGCCAUCUUUGUCGCAUGAAAAUGUUACCACCUCUUACCAUAAUGAUAAUACAACAAUUGUUAUAGAAGAUAAUUCGAACAAUGCAUUGAACAACGACGCAAGUACUAUUUGCGAUGAAGAUGGAAAAUGUCUCACUAUUAAACAUGGCACUGUAGACAAUGAUUCUUUUUCCAACGCUGCAUUGGAUUUCACUACGAUAUAUUCAAAAACAGAUGGGAAUGUGACCAUUAUUACCGAUACUGUGUUGGACAAUGAUGAUGACAAUAAUGAAAAUAAAAAAGAAAGCAAUACAAUACUAAUUAAUACAACUAUUUGGACAUAUAAAAAUGAAACAACGGUGACAACAAUUUCAGACAACUUUCAUGAUAAUAUAUCUCGUACAGAUAACACCACUUUUAUAAAUGAAAUACAAAAUGAAAAUGAUACUAGCUACAACGACUUUAUAUCAACACACUAUCCUAAUGAUAAUGUUCGUUUAGAAAACGAAACAGAUCAAAUAGUGGCAAUAGAAAAACAGUUUUCGAUCAAAGUAUCUGAAAUUGUUCAAUGUGAUUUAACAUGUCAAUGUACGAAAAAAUGUCCGUAUGGUUUCGAUCUAAUGAAUGACACAUGUGAAUGUAGUCCACCAUGUGAAAAAUAUCAAUGUUUUGAUAAUCAUACGUGCGAAGUUGACAGUCAGGAAGAACCAAUUUGUCUACCAUUAGAUAAACAAGAUCGUCCACUUGAAUGUCAUCAACCGAUGCACGUUGGUUAUCAUGAAUCUGUGCCACGAUAUCAUGAUCGAUGGUAUUAUCAUCCAGUUGAGGAGACAUGUCAUCAUUUUAUUUAUCGUGGAAGCGGUGGAAAUAAAAAUAAUUUUCGUACAUUAAACGAUUGUCGACUAAAAUGUAUAACGUGUGCACCAGCACCUAAUCGUGGAAUAUGUAACGGUUUCAUUCAAAUGUGGUAUUAUGAUUAUAAUAAACAAACAUGUUUACCAUUUGUACAUAGUGGUUGCAAAGGAAAUGAUAAUAAAUUUAUACGAGAAGUAGACUGCAUCGAUACAUGUGUAAAAAGAAUAAAUAUCACCGUUUAA